CAAACAGUUCACAUGCUCUUAAUCUUCUGCCGGUGGCCCUAACAUCUGCCGUGUUGACUGCCCCAUUGCUCGCAGAACCCUUGGAGGGGCUCACCUGCCCCAGGUAAGUGUGUGUGUGCAUGUGUGUUCACCCUCCCCAGGUGUUUGUGUUCUCACCCUCCCCAGGUGCAUGUGUGCUCACCCUCCCCAGGUUUUUGUGUUCUCACCCUCCUCAGGUGUUUGUGUUCUCACCCUCCCCAGGUGUGUGUUCACCCUCCCCAGGUGUUUGUGUUCUCACCCUCCCCAGGUGUAUGUGUGCUCACCCUCUUCAGGCGUUUGUGUUCUCACCCUCCUCAGGUGUUUGAGUUCUCACCCUCCCCGGGUGCGUGUGUGCUCACCCUCCUCAGGUGUUUGUGUUCUCACCCUCCUCAGGUGUUUGUGUGCUCACCCUCCUCAGGUAUUUGUGUGCUCACCCUCCUCAGGUGUUUGUGUUCUCACCCUCCUCAGGUGUUUGUGUUCUCACCCUCCCCAGGUGUGUGUUCACCCUCCCCAGGUGUUUGUGUUCUCACCCUCCCCAGGUGCAUGUGUACUCACCCUCCUCAGGUGUUUGUGUUCUCACCCUCCUCAGGUGUUUGAGUUCUCACCCUCCCCGGGUGCGUGUGUGCUCACCCUCCUCAGGUGUUUGUGUGCUCACCCUCCUCAGGUGUUUGCGUUCUCACCCUCCUAAGGUGUUUGUGUUCUCACCCUCCCCAGGUGCAUGUGUGUUCACCCUCCCCAGAUGUUUGUGUUCUCACCCUCCCCAGGUGCAUGUGUGCUCACCCUCCCCAGGUUUUUGUGUUCUCACCCUCCUCAGGUGUUUGUGUUAUCACCCUCUCCAGGUGUGUGCUCACCCUCCCCAGAUGCAUGUGUGCUCACCCUCCCCAGGUGUGUUCUCACCCUCCCCGGGUGCGUGUGUGCUCACACUCCCCAGGUGCCUUUGUGCUCACCCUCCCCGUGUGUGUGUUCAUCCUCCCCAGGUGUGUGCUCACCAUCCCCGGGUGCCUGUGUGCUCACCCUCCCCAGGUGCAUUGUGUUCUCACCCUCCUCAGGUGCGUGUGUUCUCACCCUCCCCAGGUGUGUGCUCACCCUCCCCAGGUACAUGUGUGCUCACCCUCCCCAGGUGUGUGCUCACCCUCCCCAGGUGCGUGUGUUCUCACCCUCCUCAGGUGUGUGCUCACCCUCCCCAGGUGCGUGUGUUCUCACCCUCCCCAGGUGUGUUCUUACUCUCCCCAGGUGUGUGCUCACCCUCCCCAGGUGCAUGUGUUCUCACCCUCCCCAGGUGUGUGCUCACCCUCCCCAGGUGCAUGUGUUCUCACCCUCCUCAGGUGUGUGCUCACCCUUCCCAGGUGCCUGUGUGCUCACCCUCCCCAGGUGCGUGUGUUCUCACCCUCCCCAGGUGCAUGUGUUCUCACCCUUCCCAGGUGUGUGUGUGCUCACCUUCCCCAGGUGUGUGCUUAUCCUCCCCAGGUGCGUGUGUGCUCACCCUCCCCAGGUGCGUGUGUUCUCACCCUCCCCAGGUGCGUGUGUUCUCAUCCUCCCCAGGUGUGUGUGUGCUCACCCUCCCCAGGUGCAUGUGUUCUCAUCCUCCCCAGGUGCGUGUGUUCUCACCCUUCCCAGGUGUGUGUGUGCUCACCCUCCCCAGGUGCGUGUGUUCUCACCCUCCCCAGGUGCGUGUGUUCUCACCCUUCCCAGGUGCGUGCUCACCCUCCCCAGGUGCGUGUGUUCUCAUCCUCCCCAGGUGUGUGUGUGCUCACCCUCCCCAGGUGUGUGCUCACCCUCCUCAGGUGCAUGUGUACUCACCCUCCACAGGUGUUUGUGUUCUCACCCUCCCCAGGUAUGUGUGUGCUCACCCUCCCCAGGUGUGUUCUCACCCUCCCUGGGUGAGUGUGUGUUCACCACAAUGUGCAAGGCCCUCUGUUUCUGGGUCCAGCUUCUCUUCAUAACUUGCAUCUUACCCUACUCUGGUCCCAUCUACCUUCAUUUUAUUCCGAUCACGUCAGCCAUCCUUCCAGCCUUGAGGCCUCUGCACGCUUAAGGCACUGGCCUCUUCCUGUGCAUGCUCUCAGUCCAUCCUGAUGGUCUUGGCGAAAACAUCGCCUCUUUACUGAGAGACCUCUGCUGAGCUGCCCUUUCUCCCUGGCUUCCCUCUGUCAUGGGACUCUUUAUUUCCUUUAGUGCUAUUUGCCCAGACUUCAUUAUCUCACUUGAAUAAGUGUUAACCAUUUUACUGUUUAUCCAGAACACCACUGUCUGAUGGAACUUGCCCUGAC